AGCGUCCCGCGCACACACCGACUCAAACACCUCUGAGGCGCGUCAAAGCGUUUGUGUCUUCUCCUGAAAUCCCAUUUGUGGAGUUUAACGGCCAAUCUGUCGUCCUUCACAUAUUCGAUCAAUGGCUUUCAUCAUGAUGAAAAAGAAGAGGUUCAAGUUUAAAGUUGAUGUGGAGCUGGAGGAGCUGUCAUCUGUCCCUUUCGUGAAUGGAGUUCUGUUCUGCAAGGUUCGACUGACAGACGGAGGCUUUUCAGACGAGUCUUCGAGAGAGCCAGUUCUGGUGAAUUGUGUUAAAUGGAAGAAAAGAUUUGCCUUCUUAUGUAAGAUGAGUGCUAAUGCAGGGACAGGGGUGUUGGAUCCAUGUGUUUUUCGGGUAUCUGUAAGAAAGGAGCUCAAAGGUGGGAAGACAUUUGCAAAGCUUGGGUUUGCUGAUUUAAACUUGGCUGAGUUUGCCGGUUCAGGAAGCACCACACGGCGCUGCCUAUUGGAGGGAUACAACACCAAAAACACACGUCAGGACAACUCUAUACUGAAGGUGAUAAUCAGUAUGCAGCUAAUGUCAGGUGAUCCUUGCUUUAAAAAGCCUCCAUCCACUGCAAUGACCAUUGGUUUUCCAGGAGAAAUCGAGACAUGUCUACAUGAGGACAGAAGAGGAGAGACACAGAGUGCAGCUAAAAUCUGUACAGAAAACCUAGGAAAAAGUUGCUUCAGUCAUGGUUCUGUUCCAGAUGAACUGGGAAAGUGUGGUCACUCAAGAACAGCCAGUUACGCCAGCCAACAGUCCAAGUUUUCCGGCUACAGCACGGGUCAUUCGCGCUCCUCCAGCCUGACGGAGCUCUCUCAUAGGAGGAACUUGUCUGUGGGCAGUGCCUCCACUGGGAUUGGCAGCCUACCAGAGCCCAGUGAGGACAGAGAGUCCCGCACACAGGCCUGCACACCUUUACCCCAGCACCACAGUGGGAUCACAGCCAACAGACACCCUGUAAAACAGGACUCGGUUGAGUCUCAGCUAAAGCGAGUGGAUGCUACCAGAGUGGAUGCUGAUGAUAUCAUCGAGACAAUCCUACAGGGCCAAGACUUCAGCCACAGCAUACUGGACUCCAGUAAUGAAGAGGAGGGUCUGCGACUGUUUGUUGGGCCAGGAGGCAGCACUGCACUGGGCUCUCAGCACACCAGGGUUGGUGCAGGAGCUUUUGAACAGGUGGUUAUAAAAUGCUAGACUGAACGUCCGUGGGGGAAGGUGAUGUAAUAUCCUGUGUCAAACGAGAGGACAGCAGUUGUCUUCAAUCACAAGUAGCAGUUCUAUUCUGGGCUCCUGACACAUGGGCUCUAGGAAUUUGUGGAAUCACUG